AAAGCUAUAAAACAAACACCACACUAAACACAGCAACGAGUUAAGAGUUUUUCUUCAGUGAAGAACGAGGCGCUCCUGUGGCUCCUACACCAUGAGGGUCCACCGGAACCUAGUGAUUGCCCUUUGGGUAAUACUACAAAUUUCCUGGACGACUAGUAAGCCAGUUGAAACAAGUACUAAACCACAAGACCAACAAGCAGUCGAGAGUCAACAAUUACAGAAACGAGUAGGCUAUGACAGUUUUCCACCCCAUCAUAGUGAAGAACAUGUCUACCAUGACGAACACCAUCCUGAGGAACACCAUGACAUCCACCAUGAGGAGCACCAUGAUGACCAUCAUGACAUCCACCAUGAGGAGCACCAUGAUGACCAUCAUGACCACCACGAUCCAGGCUACUGGAAGAAGAAAGUUAUCUGGAAGAAAGACUGGAAGAAGAUUUGGAAACCCGGCAAGAAACAAAUCUGGAAACCGUCCUGGAAAAAAAUCUGGAAACCAAUUUGGGUACCGACGAAGAAACCCGCCUGGAAAGAAAUCCAAGUUCCUGAUUGGAAAAAAAUCUGGAAGCCAGUAUGGAAGGAAAUUAAAGUACCCGCAUGGAAGGAAAUUCAAGUGCCUGACUGGAAAAAAAUCUGGAAACCGGUUUGGAAGCCCAUAAAAGUACCAGCGUGGAAGGAAAUCCAAGUCCCUGAUUGGAAAAAGAUCUGGAAACCGGUUUGGAAAGAAAUACAAGUUCCUGCCUGGAAAGAAAUCCAAGUCCCGGCUUGGAAAAAACUGUGGUAUCCAGUCUGGGUCAAGGAAGGCAUCCAUGGUGAACACUACCUCGGCAAGGACCAUCACGGUAAUGAAUACACCGCCCAUGACAUUUGGAAGAAAAAAAUGAUUUGGAAACCGGUCUGGAAGAAAUACUGGAAACCGGCUAAGAAACAAAUCUGGAUCCCUGACAAAAAACUCGAAUGGAAAGAGGCCUGGAAACAGAUUUGGCGCACCGAGAAGAAGCAAAUCUGGGUCGAGGACAAAAAACUAGUCUGGAAGGAAGCCUGGAAGCAGAUUUGGCGCACCGAGAAGAAACAAAUCUGGAUCCCUGAUAAGAAACUAGAAUGGAAAGAAGCCUGGAAGCAGGUUUGGAGGACCGAAAAGAAGCAAAUUUGGGUGGAAGACAAGAAAUUGUCGUGGAAGGAAGCCUGGAAACAGAUCUGGGUCCCCGCCUGGAAGGAAAUCUGGGUCCCUGGGUGGAAAAUGAUCUGGCGACCUGUGAUUAUCAAAGAAUGGUUCCCGACGCCAGACCAUCACGACCACCACCACCACCAUGGAUGGGACAGAAGCGACGUGAAAACUAGUGAGAGCAAAACGGCGCCGCUGGUGACGGUGCCCUCGACUCAGGUGCCAAAUCAAAGUCAAGUCCAGGGGAAGAACUGGUCGUUCCCGUCCUCGUAACAGUACCUAAUUUGUAUAUAUUUAGAUUUUAGUUAUUUUAUUGCAUGUUACAACUCGACUGACUUAUUAUUUAACGUUUAUUGUUGCGUUUUGUUAUUUUUUUAUUGUGAAAUAAAAAAAUCAAACUUGAA